AUGGAUGUGGAGGGGACAGCCGAGGGGCUUGUGACAACUCGAUUUCCUUCCAUUCCUGGUUCUCUAGUUGAUCUCACAAAAUGUUGGUCAUCGCUCUUCAAUGUUCAAGGUUGCAAUAUCGAAAUUUUAAAAUAUGUUUUAACCGCUAAGUUUGAAAGCUGCAAAGCGUUUACGGAAGUGGAUGCAAACUGUUGGCCAAAAAUGUUUCCACUGAAUCCAUUUUUCCCUCCUCUUGUCAAGGAUGGUUGCUCUCGCAUCAUCUCAAGUGCACCCGCACACACGACACCUCAACUCCCUGUCAUCCCUGCACCGGAUGCGUCCGAGGACGAUCGUAGCCGUCAAUCACGCUCUAGCCGCACGGUCAUGGUUCAUCAACCAGGGUUAAGGGCCUGUCUCUUGAGAAAUCAAGGAAACAGAGCGAUGUGGGAGAAAUUAGGAGCUUAUAUGAAACGCAUACAUGGGUACUGGGCAUGGGUAUUAGUGAAUAUAUGGACGAUAGCCCAUUAA